UGUCCCGACUGUCAACGCACAGGGACAGAUUAUUUAGACCAAGUUAAAACGCUCUGAGUCGGUGUAUUUGGUCUAUUUUGGUGUGCAAAGCCUGUGCGUUUAUUCUGCCAUCGGUGUUGUUAUUGAGCGUCCGCCGCUCGGCCUUGUUAUUCUGCAUGGGCUCUCACUGGAGGCCGUCAGAGAUGAUGCAUAGGCGGUGCCAGCCUUUCAGAAGACUCGGUCAUAUGCCCCUUUUACCCUUUUACAUCAUUUGGCACAUUAUAUUUGGACAAGAUUUUGACAUAGCUUAGGCUAAAUAAAACACAACGACUUGUAUAGCGGUUUAUUUUACACAACGAUUUGUCAGCCUCCGUGUAUAACUAUCUUAUGAGUCUUUGUCGCUCGGGUACCAAAGUGAAGUGAGUUUUAUAUUGGAUGUUUUUAGUCGGUGGAUAUUCGUGCUACUAUUUACAACAGCCUAUGAGUUGCUGAGUCCCAUAUGAUAGAAUUGUUUUGUUGUUUUGAAAUCAGGGGACAAUGAAGAACAAUUCACAUCCUUUUGAUUUCCAUUUCUGAGAUACUUUUAAUAAAAGGAGGGCCAAUAUUUGUCCUAUGUAAUCGUGGAGACAAUUUAGCAGGAAAAGCAGGACAAAUGCAACAACUUGCAUUUAUUACAAUACUAUUUGUAAUUCCUUUCAAUAAGUCUGAAAUAUGACAGCUGUCAGACCCUGUUACCCACAGAGGUCAAACCCAAUUUCAUCUCUACUUUGUUGUCCCGCUCUUAAUUUUUCCAUGUCCUCUUUUUAAAAAAGGUAUACUCAUUUUAUGUAUCUUGCCAAAUUGAAUAGCUCAUGGACCAUGUGACCCACAGAUGUCAACCAACCUUAUUCCCUACAGGCCGAUUCACACCCUACGGUAAAUACAGAUAGGAACCCUUUCGUCUGGUCCCGGAGGUCGUUUUGUCCGUCAAUGGGUCCGUUACCCCUGAGCUUUCGAAUCCGGAGUGCUCCGGGAGAAACGGAGCAAUACCAACGGAAAUUGAGGCGGCAGCAUAGAGUCAGAAGUCCAACCAUUCGCGAAAUUAGCGAGAGUAGUAUAAUAACUGAUAUGUAGGCCUAUAUAUAUAUUGUGUUGAACGUUUUAUACUUAUAUUAUGCUAUAUACCUUACCUUGUUAUUUUAUUGUUCACCUGCUUGGCAAUGAGUUGUAACUGGUCAUUUAACAAUGGCGCAACAUUUUGAGGAGAGAAUCUGCGGGUUGGUGAGGGGUGUCGCAUGCCAACGUCGCGUAGGCCUACACUUUUUGCGCCUUUUUUUGCCAAUUUUGGAUGACACAAAGCAAAGUCAUCUCCUCUACAGAUGCCAUGUUUGCGAUUGUCGAUGCCUGUAAUUUGUGAUACGACAAUCACUGCCCUCCAGAGGAUGUAUUGCGUAACAUCCAUAACAACGCUGAAACCGGAAGGGUAGCCCGGAGACAACGUUUGGUAUGGACGGGCGAAUUUCGUCCGGAUACGGAGAUAUGAAUCGGUCUUUAGCAGUUGCGAAGGAAAGCCUUUGGCACUUAUUCACAUUUGAAUAAAGUAUCGGGAAAUGAGAGGAUGACGAUUUUUAUUUAUCGUCCCCCAAUAACAGAAACAUUAACCCCUUGUAACAUGUGAAUAAUGAAUAUGCUGUUGAAAAUGGAGAAAAACGAAUAUCCACCAAAUAUCCAAAGUGAAACCAACUUUACUGCGUUCGGGUACCACGUUGAUGGUGCAAUUAGAGCUGUCGUCACUGCUCUGCUGAUGAAAGUAUGCCUACUGGGACGUUCCCAUCUUGUCCAUAAGGCAAGAGCUGGAAGCUGGAGGCCAAUUGAUCGGGUUAACCUGAAGGGAGGGAGCGGUCAAAAAGAUAAUGCCAACCAGGAAUGUACUGGUCUCUUGGUCUCAUGUUGUGGUUUAUUGAAAGCUCUAUUCUUAAAUGAGUGUGAGUGUGAAUGUGGGUGUGUGAGAGAGGUUUGCUGCUGCUGCAAGACCGCCCUUUUUGAUUUCCCUGGUUAAUCGGAGGCUGGAGGAACAACUCUGCUCUUUGUGAACAUUGAUGAGCCUUGGCUCUCGCUGAGAACUCCACCGUACACAACGUCGCUUCAUCAGGUUUCUGCUCAUGUCGGCUGUGACCAUGCAGGACUAGGAGAGAGCUGCAUUCAUUUGAAGUGAGGCUGGAGUCUGAGACGAGGGUGGAAGCAUUUGACUGUGAGAGUUGAGGGUUGACGUCGGAGUGCGAUCGUCGUAGCUUCCCCUGGUGCUAAGCUCUCAGCUAAGGUGUUCUUGAACACAUCCAAAUCAAAACACAGUUUGACUGACAGCAAAUGUAAAUAAGAAAAAAUCGAAAAGUUGGUAGAUGCAGUUAAUAGUGCUAGAAUAAUGCUGCUGGUUUUCACAAAAAAAACACCUCUAUCCUCUUCGUUGGCUUGUAGAUGGGAUGCAGUCUAGAUGGAGGCCAGGGCUGAAGGAGGAAGCUAGAGGACAGCCCAUAAUGCACACGCAACCCAUAAUAAAACGUCUAACAGAAGGUGGUUUGUCUACAGCCUGACGGACUGUGGACAUAGAGGAUGUGCCGCCGAACAAAUGUUUCUUGAGGAAAAUAAAAUAACAGAGUAGAACUAAAAUAGAUUUUUAGAGGCUACCUUUUGUUGCGUGAUCUGGUGAAUGCUAGAUCUAGGAAAGUGUGUUUUCCUUUUUGUGGCCCUAAUGAAAAACAUGUGCAUUGGAUUACCAUGAUAACCCAGUUAAAGUAAUUGCAUAGGUACGCAGUGGAUCCAGUAGCAGUUGGGUCUUUAUAUCAGACAUUGUCGAACGCUGGCAAACACACAUAGGUGGACAAUUUCUGGCGAAGCUCCCUUUAGUGAGGUUGACCAAACUGAGUUAUGACCUAUAUUUACCAAAUUGUGUCUCCACCUUAUAGGCCUAUCAAAUGUAUUUUGUCUCCAUGUGAUGUUCUUAUUGAGCUUUAAUGUAAUUUUGUAAGAACAAAAUUGAGGGAAAAACCAACCUAUCAACCUAUCGAUCAACCUCCCAUCUAACUGCUGACACAGUCAGCUACCAGGCGUUAUUAAGAGAGCUUUAUGAAAAAGCCCGGUGUGUCUGUGCAUUGUUUGUGUGUUUGUCUGCCCUUAGAACUCAUGUGAUGGUGGGCGGGAGAUGUUCUCUUUUGACUGACGGCCCACAUGACAAAUCUGAGCAGGGUUUUAUGACGGAAGUACGUCUCCAUGGGAACUUCGAGGAUCGCUGUCUGGAGACACAAUGAGACGGUCUCAUCUGAGAGGAAGUUCCAGGCUUUGCCGUUGAAAUUGAUUAGUUUGUCCGGUCUUGUGGAGUUCUUGGCUGGAGUCUUCCAGAGGGCAGGCUGUGGUUCAGCAUGAGAUAGAACUCUGUUGGAGACAAUAUGAACCAGGAAUUGUAUUAUAUGUUCGUAAAAUUGGCUCGGGUGUGGAUACCUGAUGCAGAGGAGGUCUGGAAGUCGGCUGCGCUCACCAAGAACUACGAAGAUGGCGACGGCUCCCUGCAGCUUGCCCUGGAAGAUGGAACGAACUUGGAGCAUAAGCUGGACCCCAAGACGAAGAACCUGCCCUACCUCCGGAACCCGGACAUCCUGGUGGGCGAGAACGACCUCACGGCGCUCAGCUACCUGCACGAGCCCGCCGUGCUCCACAACCUCAAAGUGCGCUUCAUCGACUCCAAGCUCAUCUACACCUACUGCGGCAUCGUGCUGGUGGCCAUCAACCCCUAUGAGUCUCUGCCCAUCUACGGCUCUGACAUCAUCAACGCCUACAGCGGGCAGAACAUGGGAGACAUGGACCCACACAUAUUCGCCGUGGCAGAGGAGGCCUACAAGCAGAUGGCCAGGGACGAGCGGAACCAGUCGAUCAUCGUGAGCGGGGAGUCGGGCGCGGGGAAGACGGUGUCGGCCAAGUACGCCAUGAGGUACUUCGCCACGGUCAGCGGCACCACCAGUGAGGCCAACGUGGAGCAGAAGGUGCUGGCCUCCAACCCCAUCAUGGAGGCCAUAGGAAACGCCAAGACGACCAGGAACGACAACAGCAGUCGCUUCGGCAAGUACAUCGAGAUCGGCUUCGACCCGCGCUACCGCAUCAUCGGCGCCAACAUGAGGACCUACCUGCUUGAGAAGUCCCGCGUGGUGUUCCAGGCGGACGAGGAGAGGAACUACCACAUCUUCUACCAGCUGUGUGCUUCGGCUCACCUGCCUGAACUCAAGGAUCUGCGUCUGGGAAGUGCCAACGACUUCCUGUACACUCGGCAGGGCCGCAGCCCCGUCAUCGAGGGCGUGGACGACACCAAGGAGCUGAGCACCACGCGGCACGCCUUCACGCUGCUGGGGGUGAACGAGUCCUACCAGAUGGGGUUGUUCCAGGUCCUGGCUGCCAUCCUGCACCUUGGCAACGUGGAGGUGAAGGACCGGGACUCUGACAGCAGCGUCAUCCCGCCCAACAACAGCCACCUGACGGCCUUCUGUGAGCUGGUGGGCGUGUCCUACCAGGACAUGUCCCAUUGGCUGUGCCACAGGAAGUUGCGGACGGCCACGGAGACCUACAUCAAGACGGUGCCGCGGCUGCAGGCGGUGAACGCCCGCGACGCGCUCGCCAAGCACGUGUACGCCAAGCUGUUCAGCUGGAUCGUGGAGCACGUCAACAAGGCGCUGGUCACCAACAUCAAGCAGAGGUCCUUCAUCGGCGUCCUGGACAUCUACGGGUUUGAGACCUUUGAGAUCAACAGCUUCGAGCAGUUCUGCAUCAACUACGCCAACGAGAAGCUUCAGCAGCAGUUCAACAUGCAUGUGUUUAAGCUGGAACAGGAGGAGUACAUGAGGGAGGAGAUUCCGUGGACGCUGAUCGACUUCUACGACAACCAGCCAUGCAUCAACCUGAUCGAGGCCAAGAUGGGCGUCCUGGACCUGUUGGACGAGGAGUGCAAGAUGCCAAAGGGUUCGGACGAGUCGUGGGCCCAGAAGCUGUACAACACCCACCUGAAGACCUGCUCGCUGUUCCAGAAGCCUCGCCUGUCCAACCGGGCCUUCAUCAUCCAGCACUUCGCUGACAAGGUGGAGUACCAGUGCGAGGGUUUCCUAGAGAAGAACAAAGACACAGUGAACGAGGAGCAGAUAAACGUGUUGAAGGCCAGCAAGUUCCCCCUGCUGGUGGAGCUGUUCCAGGACGGGGAGAAGGCGGUCAGUCCGACGGGCCAGCCGCAGGGCGCUGGGGGGCGCACCCGGCUCAGUGUCAAACCCGACAAGGGCCGGACCUCCAGCAGGGAGCACAAGAAGACAGUGGGCUGCCAGUUCCGGAACUCUCUUCAGAUGCUGAUGGACACGCUGAACGCCACGACCCCCCACUACGUCCGCUGCAUCAAGCCCAACGACUUCAAGCUGGCCUUCUCGUUCGACCCCAUGCGGGCCGUCCAGCAGCUCCGCGCCUGUGGAGUCCUGGAGACCAUCCGCAUCUCCGCAGCUGGCUUCCCCUCCAGGUGGACCUACCAGGAGUUCUACAGCCGUUACCGGGUGCUGAUGAAGCAGAAGGACGUCCUCCAGGACAAGAGGCUGACCUGCAGGAAUGUUCUGGAAUUCCUCGUUCAGGACCAGGACAAGUACCAGUUCGGUAAGACCAAGAUCUUCUUCCGGGCGGGCCAGGUGGCCUACCUGGAGAAGCUGCGCUCGGACAAGCUGCGAGUGGCGUGUGUCCGCAUCCAGAAGACCAUCCGCUGCUGGCUGGCCCGCAAGAAGUUCCUCCGCCAGCGCCGCUCGGCCAUCACCAUCCAGAGGUUCACCCGGGGCUUCCAGGCCCGCUGCCUGGCCAAGUUCAUGCGUCGCACCUCGGCAGCCACCACCAUCCAGAAGUACCAGAGGAUGUGUGUGGCGCGCCGGCGCUACAGACAGAAGCAGGCCGCCGCCCUGGCCAUGCAGACCAUCCUGAGAGCCUACAUGGCCCGGCAGAAGUACCGAACGCUGCUACGGGAGAGCAAGGCGGUGGUGAUCCAGAAGCACGCCCGCGGCCUGUUGGCGCGCCGCCGCUUCAAGCGCUGCCUGCGGGCCAUCGUGUACCUGCAGUGCUGCCUGCGCCGGAUGCGCGCCCGCUGGGAGCUGAAGAAGCUGAAGAUCGAGGCGCGCUCCGUGGAGCACUUCAAGAAGCUCAACAUCGGCAUGGAGAACAAGAUCAUGCAGCUGCAGCGCCGCAUCGACGAGCAGAACAACAACCACCGUGCCACCGUGGACAAGCUGGCGACGCUGGAGGCCGGCCACGCGGCGGACAGCGAGCGCAUGCGCGUCGAGGUGACGCGGCUCCGCGGCGUCGAGGAGGACGCCCGCAACAACGCCAACCGGGCCAACAGCCUGCAGGGGGAGCUGGAGAGGCUGAAGAAGGAGCUGGCCACCACGCAGAAGGAGAAGAAGACCAUCGAGGACUGGGCCACCAAGUACCGCGACGAGAUGGAGAAGAUGGUCUCCGAGCUGAAGUCUCAGAAUGGAUUGCUGAAGUCGGAGAAGGACGACUUGAACAGGAUGAUUCAGGAACAGCGUCAACAGAUGACGGAGCAAAUGGCGCGAGCGAUAGCGGAGGAGACGCAGCAGCUGGAGACGGACCUGAACGAGGAGCGCUCCCGCUACCAGAACCUCCUGACGGAGCACCUGCGCCUCGAGGAGAAGCACGACGACCUCAAGGAGGAGAUGGCUCUGUCCUCGAACACCAGCAGGCCCGGCCACAGAAGAACAGACUCCACCCACAGCAGCAACGAAUCAGAAUACACCUACAACUCCGAGUACGCCGAGGUGGACGAAGGCUCCCGCGUCUCGGAGGUAGACGGCGGGCGGGCUCACAUGGACUCGGGCCGUGGCAUGGACACCAACCUGACCCUGAAGCUGCAGAAGCGUCUGGGGGAGCUGGAGCAGGACAAGCAGCAGCUCCGCGACGAGCUGGAGAACAAGGAGGAGCUGUUCCAGCGGGCUAGAGCCCGGGACGACGUGGAGCAUAAGAAGGCUCGCGGAGCCGAGCUGGAGUACGAAUCCCUCAAGCGCCAGGAGCUAGAGUCGGAGAACAAGAAGCUGAAGCACAACCUGGCGGAGAUGAGGCAGAGCCUCCUGGGUAACCAGGCCACGGGGGCCGGGGCCCCGGGCUCCCCGGCCUACAAGGUGCUGCUGGAUCAGCUCAACUCCUCCUCCGAGGAGCUGGACGUCCGCAAGGAGGAGGUGCUGAUCCUGCGCUCCCAGCUGGUCAGCCAGAAGGAGGCCACGCAUCACAAGGAGACCAUGACAGAACCUACUCACCAUGUGGUGGAUGUGUCCAAGCUGAAAGACACUGACGAAAUCAAGCAGGCUUACGUUGGCCUCAAAGAUACGAACAGGCUGCUGGAGAGCCAGUUGCAGGCGCAGCGGCGUAGCUAUGACAACGAGACGGAGGGGCUGCGCAGCGAGCUGCAGAACGUCAAGGAGGAAAACAACCGGCAGCAGCAGCUGCUGGCCCAGAACCUGCAGCUGCCUCCGGAGGCUCGCAUCGAAGCCAGCCUGCAGCACGAGAUCACCAGGCUCACCAACGAGAACCUGGAGAUCUUGACCGACAACCAAGACCCCACAGCAUCCCGAGAGGCGCGGGUCACCAUUUUGCGACGGAUGGUUGAUCUGAUGGAGCAGUUGGAGAAGCAGGAUAAAACCAUACGGAAGCUCAAGAAGCAGCUGAAGGUUUACUCCAAGCGGAUCGGGGAGAUGGGAGUGGGGCAGACAGAGGGCCAGACCUCCCCAGGCCAGAUGGUGGAUGAGCCGGUCCGAGCAGUCAGCAUCCCCCGCAGGGAGAAGGACUUCCAGGGAAUGCUGGAGUACAAGAGGCAGGAUGAGCUGAAGCUGGUCAAGAACCUCAUCCUAGAGCUGAAGCCACGGGGCGUGGCCGUGAACCUGAUCCCAGGGCUGCCCGCCUACAUCCUGUUCAUGUGUCUGCGGCACGCCGACUACGUCAACGACGACGAGAAGGUCCGCACGCUGCUGGCCUCCACCAUCAACUGCAUCAAGAAGAUCCUCAAGAAACGGGGCGAUGACUUUGAGACGGUUUCCUUCUGGUUGGCCAACACCUGCCGCUUCCUGCACUGCCUCAAACAGUACAGCGGAGAUGAGGUCUUCAUGAAACACAACAGCGCGAGGCAGAAUGAACACUGCCUGUCUAACUUCGACCUGGCCGAGUACCGACAGGUGAUCAGCGACCUGGCCAUCCAGAUCUACCAGCAGCUCAUCAAGUGCAUGGAGAACAUCCUACAGGCCAUGAUCGUGUCCGGCAUGCUGGAGCACGAGACCAUCCAGGGCGUGUCGGGGGUGAAGCCCACCGGCCUCCGCAAGCGCACCUCCAGCAUCGCGGACGAGGGCAUGUACACGCUGGAGUCCAUCCUGCGGCAGCUGGGCGCCUUCCACUCCACCAUGUGCCAGCACGGCACCGACCCCGAGCUCAUCAAGCAGGUGGUCAAGCAGCAGUUCUACAUCAUCGGCGCCGUCACCCUCAACAACCUGCUGCUGCGCAAGGACAUGUGCUCCUGGAGCAAGGGCAUGCAGAUCAGGUACAACGUGAGCCAGCUGGAGGAGUGGCUGCGGGACAAGAACCUGAUGGCGUGCGGCGCCAAGGAGACCCUGGAGCCGCUGAUCCAGGCCGCCCAGCUGCUGCAGGUCAAGAAGAAGACGGACGAGGACGCCGAGGCCAUCUGCUCCAUGUGCCACGCCCUCACCACCGCCCAGAUCGUGAAGGUGCUGAACCUGUACACCCCGGUCAACGAGUUCGAGGAGAGGGUGUCCGUGUCCUUCAUCAGGACCAUCCAGACCCGUUUGCGCGGCCGCUGCGAGUCGCCCCAGCUGCUCAUGGACACCAAGGUCAUCUACCCGGUGACCUUCCCCUUCAACCCCUCCGCCCUGGCCCUGGAGACCAUCCAGAUCCCCAGCUCCCUCAACCUGGGCUUCCUGGUCCGGGUCUAGACCCAGGACACACACACACACACACACACACACACACACACACACACACACACACACACACACACACACACACACACACACACACACACACACACACACACACACACACACACACACCUUGAGACAUACACACACACACACGCGCGCGGGCACACACACCUUGAGACAUACACACACACGCGUGCGGGCACACCCAUACCUUGAGACAUACACACACACGCGCGCGCGGGCACACCCAUACAAUCGCAUACACACACACACACACCUCACCACACAUACACACAAACACACAUCUUGAGACACAAACACACACGCAAACAUAAACACACAAGCGUAUAUUAUAAACACCCAUUGGCACAAUCACAAUCUUCUCAAAUGCAUCUGUAUAAUACUCAUACACAUGCAGACAAUUACACACUCAUGAAUACACACACACACACAAACACAAACAUAUACACACAAAGUAUACAUAUAUAAAUAUAGAUCUAUAAAUAUCAUUAAUUAAAUGUAUCAUUCUAGGAUGUCCUAUUUAUUUAUUGAGUAUCACUAACCCGUGGUUUUCAUGUGAAUGCGUGUUGGAUAUUACACUAGUCCCACGAUAGCUGCUUGUAUGUCGGACAGCAUUAACUUAAGCAUUAGUACGUAGUGUGUACUAAUAAUUUGACAUGUGGUUUUGAAACUAGCUGUUGGUCGUUGUUUAGCUUUGGUAUCUUAGCGCAGAGCUCUUGGUUAGCUUCGCCCCGUGAAGCUCACGCCUCUGGGAGAGGAGCUGGAGCAGUGAUGUAGCGUAUUGCGGAGUGCGUUUUAGGAAGGAUGAGGUGUGUUGAAGGUUUCAGAGCUUAUUAGGAAUCUCUGUGUUGAGAGCCAUUGUUUAAGAGUAAACACUACACCCGUAACAUAAAAACAUAUCAGCCCAAACUAAACGAUCACAGACCAGCUCAACAAACUGAAUUUCAAGUUUUUUGAGAUCCAAGCUAUAUUGUUUUAUAGUUAAUGUAGUGUAUUUAUAUUGUUAACUAAUUUAGUUGACUAUAUAACGAUAUGUAACAUUGAGAGUAUUAUCGGUACCACACACACACACACACACACACACACACACACACACACACACACACACACAC